AUGAGGACUGAUGCUGUUGUAGAGAACUCUGGUGAUGUUGACAAAUCCCAACAGGACCUAGCUCUGGGCAUUCGCCCCUUCCAUAUAAUGCCAAAGCAACUUCCCCGUAGGGCAUGCGCAAGGGCAAGCAGGAUCCAUGCGGCUACGUCAUUUACUGCCGCUGCAGACGCGGCCAUUCUUUCAACAUCAGUUGUUAAAAGCUUCAGUUCAGCCAAGAUUCGAGCCAAAACAGGGAAUGCAGUUAUUGAAAGGGCUAAUAUACCUUUUGAUAUGGUUGCUCGGAGGACAAAUGAUGAACCAAUUCCUAACGCAAAUGGGAGGCUGAUCCCUGCAAUGGCUAUGCUGAGAGCUUUUUUACCAGUUCUAGACAGGGAAUUUGGUAUCCAGUUCUAA